GAGAAGGUGGAGGAGGAUGAUGAGGAAGAGAUAGAGGAGAGGUGGUUGAGGAUGGAGGAGAGAUGAAGAACGUCAUCCAGCCAGGUUGUAGCAGGCAGCAGUCAGCCGCUAUGCGUCUCCCGGCUUCCAAGUGUUUUCCGGCCCCUGCCACAAAUCACUUACUUCUGAUAGCCCUCAUUGUGUUUGUCUCAGUUUGUUGUCUUAUUGACACCUGCAACUCACAAGAUUUAGAUAUAGAAACUGAAGAAGAACUGCUAAGAAAAGUACCGAAUCGUAGGAAAGGUUUAUCACCAUCGAAAGGCAUCAAAACUGGCGAGAAGAUCACCAACUCAAGCAACAACGUGAACGACACGGAGGCGGCCCAGACCAUAGUGCCAACCAAAGUGGUCAAAUCCAAGCCGGCCAAACCCAGCAAGCGGCCGGGAGCGCCGUCAAAAGUCAUCAACAAACGACAUCAGGUGAAGCCGUUGACAAUCAACGACGCCAACCGUUUUCUCAACAACGCGUUGCCCAAAAAACGCGUUGACCGUUGUCCGUUGUGCGACUCGUCCGUCUACAGCUACUGCAGCGAUAAACUGCUUCAUGAUGCCUGCUGUUGUCUCAGUCCAUACGAAACUGCCCUGCCUUAUCAGUGCCAAUAUGCGGAUUGCAGCUUCCUACAUGCCAACUCCUGUCGUGAACAUCAUCUUAUAACAUCAUGCUGUUGUGAUAAAGUUGUCUACCUUUAGAAAGUAAUCCUCAAUGAAAAGCUGGCCAAUCAACACGGGAUAAAUGUUCUUAAAAAGAAAAUAUUGAUAUUAUUAUCAAUCGAGGAGAUACAAAGAAUUUUAAUGCAUGUUAGAAAAUCCAAAUAGAUUCAAGAUUCUUCAUUAGUGAGAUAUUUUAGAAUGUAUAAGAUCGUCAUAUAAAACAUAAAAAUACAAUGUAGCCGAAUAGAAUAGUUUCAGAGAUUUGAGUAAUCGAGAGAAAUUCUUAAUAUCUUGUACCAUACACAAUUGAUGGACUUUUGUAUGCAUAUUCGAUCACUGGAUCACUCAUAUUUUUCUUUCUUUCCAUGGGAAUAAAUCUUCAUAAUUUUCACUCAA